AUGACUAGAAAAGAUAAAAAAAAUAUAACAUGUGUUUGUUGUGAUUCUUCUCUUUCAUCCCCACAAAAACUUCGUCAACAUUAUGCUAGUAAUAAAAAUCCAUGUCACCUACCACUUCCAGAACCAAUUCCUGAACCACCACCUAAUUCAGAAAUAGAAUAUCUUGAUGCAUUGGGAUUAUUUGAUCCUCCAGAAAUUAUUGAGCCUAUUCCAACACCACAAGUUGAAAGAGAAUAUCUCAAAACAUUGGGGAUAUUAGAACCUAUUCCACAAUUUCAUCAAACGGAUAUUAUUAGUUCUGGAUGCGAACUAUUGGAUGACCAUUAUUCAGUUGAGAUGGGAAAAGAAA